AUGGAGGAUUCUACCGCGCCUCAACAAAAAUUCACAUGCUUCAAAAACCUACCUCCCGAACUCCGGCUACAGAUCUGGGAAGAAUGUCUCCCGAGUCGAAGCGUCCCAAUGCACGACUCGACACAUAGAGACGUCGAAGCGGAUCUAGAACAUACGGCGCCUCCUGCGGGACCUCUCCCGCCGUUGAUCGGGCGCGUCUGCCGAGAAUCCCGCGACGUUGCUCUGAAGCACGGUAGUGUACAAAAGACGGCGUUCUGGGACACGCCCGUGUGGUUCAACCGAAAAACCGACCACAUCUAUAUCGGAGCGGACGAGGAGGAACGAUGGAUGCCGAGCCGCAACGAAGAAUCUGCCAACGAGGGGAUGGAGCUGCUCGUCCACGACCGAAACAUCCCGCUCAGCAUAGACAGGGGCAUCGUGUUCGUCUCUGAUCAAGGGUACCCGAACGGCUACGAAUUCGCUCGCUGGACCCUCGAACGCGCCGCCGAGCGCAUGGAGUGCAACGUGGUCCUGUCUCAUGUCACGAUGCACGCCACGCACGAGCAGGCCGUCGCGUCAGGGCUCUUCGGGCACUUCGCCGAAGAGACCCCCGCCUACAUCGACAUCGAAGACGAUAGCAAAAUCCAAACUCUAGUCGCUGCCUGCAGCAUGCUGUGGGACCAAGAGCUGCCGGCGAGAUACAGCGAGCUGGGGCUGGGGCUACCGCGGUUCUCGACGCCACCGUUGCCGCGGCCGCAGACGAACGCCGAGCUGCUCUGGCUCAAGGACAACCUGGUCAAGGCCGGGCCGCGCUUCGACUUGCACACCAGCAGCUUCCAGGUGUGCGCGUGGACCCUCUGGCUCAAGAUGCACGGCGAGCUCCCCCCCGAUUUCCGCCCGGGGUACUUCGCCGACGGCAUGGAGGAACAAGAGCCGUACCGGGCGGUGCUAUCGCGGCUCCCGAAGUUCAAUUUCGUCGUCGCGGUGCACCUCAAGAAGACGCAAGCGAGGGGCGCGUAG